UGUGCCCACACGCGAGGUCACACGAGUUGACAGUCAGACUUAUGUCUGGACCAAUACCGUAUUCUGAUUCUUCAUCCUCGAUAUCCUCACAGCGAAAGAGUUCUAGCUCGUGGACCUCGCAAGCUCGGAAUCCCGUCUCUUUACGAUUAUACAAAGUUCUUGGUAUCAACUUCGACGAUGAAGCUACUCGGGAAGCGUUGCAGACACUUUCAGAACUCUAUGUCAAUAGCAGCUCAUCUGGCUCCACCGUAGAUGCCAGCUCAAAAGUGAAGGAAACUCCCAAGAGCAAUGCACAUUUUGAUGGCGCGCUGCUCGAAGAUGGAGAAGACGAAGACGACGAUGAAGAAGAGCGCGCUCAAUCAUCAACCGGAACCUCAAAAUUAGUAGAAAACACGCCAGGGGAAGCAGCUGCAAGGGCAAGGAAAAAUCUGAAGCGGGAUAUGGAGCUCAGGCUGGCUGAAGGCAGUCGACAUUUUCUGAAAGUCUUGAGUGAAGUUGAUGAGAGACUGGUCGCCCUCCAAAAACACGUUUCGGCAAUGCAUACAAGCUGUGACGAAGCCGAGAAGCAACUCCAACUUUCAAAUGAAGCGAGCAAAUCCCUUCUUGAACGAGCAGGUAAUCUACGUGAAGAGAGACAAGAAGUUGAAGACCGAAAAUCGAUUGUCUCCUUGUUCCUUUCACGAUUUACACUCACGGAGGAGGAAACGGAGGCGUUGACAUCUAGAGAUGUACCAGUGGGCAAGCGAUUUUUCCAAGCUAUGGACAAGACAGAACAGAUUCGAGAAGAUUGUCGUGUGUUAAUGGCCGGUGAGGAUGGUCCGACGAGAGCUGGGAAAGACAUCAUGGCAUCUACCGCCUCUCAACUUGAACAAGGCUACGAGAAAAUAUUUCGUUGGUGUUCCUACGAGUUUCGUCAGGUUGGACGCGAUUCUCAGCUUGAAGUGAGCACGAUCAUGCGGGAGGGCGUCCGUCGCCUACGAAAGAGGCCUGAGCUCCUCAAUGAAUCACUGGCUGCGCUUUCACUCACCCGUCAAACAACACUGACAUCUUCCUUCCUAACUGCCCUUACGCGUGGCGGACCUUCUGGUCUCCCUCGACCUAUUGAGCUCCAUGCUCACGAUCCUCUGAGGUAUAUCGGCGACAUGCUUGCAUGGGUUCAUCAAGCUAUUGCCGCUGAACGGGAGUUCCUCGAGGCCUUGUUUAGUAUCAAGGAAGACGGCCGUUUGAUUGGUAGUGCGAGAGAGUUUGCUGAGAAAGGCAAGAUGAGCGAGGAAGAAGAAUGGAUAAGGGAGCUCAUGGACGCGGCGGUGGGGAAAGUCUGUGUCCCUUUGAAGAUUCGCGUACAACAAACUAUCAGGUCGCAAGAAAGUUCGAUUAUGUCAUACAAGAUCGCGAACCUGUUGCAGUUUUACAAGGCAACCAUGACGAAGACGAUUGGUGACGACGCGGUUCUAUCUGUAACGUUGAAGGAAAUUACCGACCUGGCGUACCAGACUUUCUUUGGCUCUAUCGAAGCUCAAUGUCGUUCACUCGCUCAAGCAACUCUAGAUCUUGAUGAUACAUCCCUUACACCUCCCAUCCCCAUACUCGACCACGUUCAAAUACUUCGUGAGAUCAUGGCAGUGUAUCAGUCGUAUCUCGGGGACGACGAACUGGAUGACGGCGACGACGAAGAUAAUUUGAUCGGUGAUCAUAACAAAUCGCACGCAGCCGGGAACACGGGCUUCCUCAAAAUCGGCGAUGUCAUGGUACAGCCAGCGUUAGAUAUGUGUCUUGAUGCCGGGGAAACGAAGAAGAGGCAAAGACCUGAAUGGGACAAGGAUGUUUUCGUAUUGAAUUGCUUGAGUUAUCUUUUGAGUGUUUUGGAGCCGUUUGCAUUCACCAAGCCUCAACGAAAGGUGAUUCAGGAAGCAAUUGAAUCGAAAGUUGAAGAGUUGACCGAAGAACAUUACCUCGAUAUCAUGACAGACGCAGGAUUAAACCAAGUCGCCUCCCUAUGCCGCAAUCAUGAUGACUCGGAACCUCUCUCGCACGUUCCCGGCAUUCAACCUGCCCAGCUUCAAUCCGCUCUCGCCUCCUUCUCCCGUUGGCUAUCUACCUCCAUCGAAGUUGUCUCCUCAUCCUCCCCCCGUUUAUCUCGCCUGACCCUUCAGCGUCUGCAUACGCAGAUACACCAUGCUGCGCUAGAGAGAAUGGCCAAGGCGUAUGGCAUGAUUUGUGAGAGGGUGAGGAGGAAGGAGAAUAAGUAUGAGGCUGCGGCUACGUUACUUGGGGCCGAGAGACCAUUUGGUCAAGUUGGGCUGCUGUGGCAGAUAUUUGGGCUCAAAGAAGAAGAGGAGUAGGAGGAAGAGAAGGACAGUGUUGAGCAUGUAACAUGUAUAUAGUCCACUAUU